GUUCUGCCAAGCCAGGGUCACAACCCAUGGCCAAAGGAGGCCCAAGGUCCAAGUUUGCACUCCAACCAAAAGAAUGAGAGACGCCCCUCUUCAUGGGGGAUGGUUCUCAAACAACCUCCCUGGAAUGAUCAACAGCUGCAAAGCUCAGCCCCCACCCACUGCUUCUUCCUCCCGCUCUCAGCCUCGGUCCCCUUUUUGGACUUUCCCGGUUCAGCACCAUGGGGACUCUAAACGACCAGGCAGUGUUACAAGCCAUCUUCAACCCUGACACCCCAUUUGGAAACGUCGUUGGGUUGGACCUGGGAGAGGAAGCUGAAGAUGAAGAAGUAGAUGAAGGUGGAACUUUCCCUCAAGCCCAGCUGGAGCAGUGCAAGGCCCUGGAGCUGCAGGGGGUGAGAGCGGCUGAGGCUGGUAACCUGGGCACCGCCCUGGAGAGGCUCGGCCGGGCCAUCCAGCUGCUGCCAGAGAGGGCUUCGGCCUACAACAACCGAGCCCAGGCCCGGCGGCUCCAGGGAGACGUGGCAGGGGCGCUGGAGGACCUGGAGCGCGCCGUGGCGCUGAGCGGCGGCCGGGGCCGCGUGGCCCGCCAGGCCUUCGUGCAGCGCGGGCUGCUGGCGCGGCUGCAGGGCCGGGACGACGACGCCCGCGGAGACUUCGAGCGGGCGGCGCGGCUGGGCAGCCCGUUCGCGCGGCGCCAGCUGGUGCUGCUGAACCCGUACGCCGCGCUGUGCAACCGCAUGCUGGCCGGGGUGCUGGGGCAGCUGCGCCGCCCUCGCGACGGGUGCUGA